AUGGAGCGCACGCAGGGCAGCGAUUCAGCAGAGACACAGGCAGACAGCAUCGUUUUCGACCACGUCACGGUCAAGCAGCCGGCUGGGGUGCACCCGCUGACGCUGCGCAUCGACCGCGGUCAGCACACGCUGGUAGUUGCACCCACAUCGCACCACCGGCACUUGAUCAGGCUUCUGGUCGGCACCGACCAGGCACAGCAGGGCGUCUUGCGGGUGCCCAGCGGGGCCGGGGAAAUCGCCUGUGUGACCAGAACGCCCUACAUCAAGCCGCACAGCGCGCUCUGGGACCAGCUGGUGUUCCCGCACGCCAAAGCGCAGUCCCUGGCACGCAACCUGCUUGACGCGUGCGAGCACGACUGGGGCCGCGCGUGCGACUGGGCGAGGGUUCUGUCGGCGCAUGGGCUUACGGCAUUGGCGGUUGCGCGGAUGCUGUAUUUGGCGCCCAAGUUUGCGGUGGUCGAGGACCAGGCGCUGGGGGUGCUGGGGGAGGAGGCAGUGGGGAGGCUGGCGGAGGUGAGUGGACAGCACCACGUAACCCUGAUCAUCCUGGCUGCGCCCGGCUCGCACGCAUACCAGCCGCUGCGCGGCGCCCUGGCGCGCGUGCUGGAGAUCCACGACGACGGCUCGUGGCGGUUCAGCGGCGUGGGCGGCGAGCACCGGGCAUUCGACGUAGACGAGCCAAAGCGAGCGGUCUGGGGCGAAAUGUCCGGGCAGCUCGUGCGGCGGGCGUCGACACUAAGCCAGUGCUCGACGACCGAGCGGCGCUGGCUCCUGACGCCGGAGGUUCACGCGAGUCCUGGGCGGCAGUCGCCUGCGCUGACCAGCAGAUCAAGCGUGUCGGAUAUUUCCGGUGAUCUGGCGCGUCUAUCGGUCAGUGAGCGGGUGGUGGUUGCGGUGGUUGCGGAGAUGCGCGCGCCUGAGGAGGAGCAGCAGGACAGGACGGAGGUGAGUGGAAUUCCGCGGCCCGGCCAAAAGGAGCCCGACAGCGAUCCACAGCGCGGCCACCGGCAGUACGCGCGGACGCCGCGCAGCUACGCCCGGCCGGGGUCGCGCACGGAGCGAGCCGCGCCGAGCCGCCCGUUCAGUCGCGCCGAUGGCGAGUCGCCCGAGGUCGUGCAGGAGAGCGCAUUUGCGCAGGCGCUGUAUGCCAGCCCGACGCGCAUCCCGCGGCCGUCGGCCAGGCGCCAGGCGGACAGCGCCAGCAUCAGCAGCGUCAGCAGCAGUGCCAGCAGCACACGCCCCACAGCCAUGGCUCCCCGUGUGUAUGUGGCGAAGAGUGCGAUCCGCGCUGACGACAUGCUGGCGCUGCACUGA